AUGCUGGCUUUCGAGAUCCUUUCCAAGUCUGGCAUGAUUGUAUCGCUAGACUGGUUAGUAGGAUGUUUGGAUGACCCAACUCAAGUGGAUUCUGACUGGAAGUUCAUCAUGACUGGUAUACAAUUUGAGAACAAGACACAUUACGAUACUAAAUCGAUUCCGAUGAGACGAAUCGAGACUACAUGGCUUGUAAUUUCAAAUUCCGAUUUCCACAGCUACCGCCCCGGAUACCACAAUCUCAACGACUUCACCCACUUUGCCGCAAUCCCUAAUACACCUGCAUCCAACGUCUUAUCCCUUGACUUAAGCAAACUGCUGGUAUUUGAAGCCCUCGCCAAGCCUGGCAUGAUCGUGUCCCUCGAUUGGCUUGACGCGUGUCUGGAUGACCCGGCUGCGGUUGAUCUGGACUGGAAGUUUGCAUUGACGGAUGUUUGCUUCGAGAACAACACGUACGCCAAUGCGAUUACGAGAAUGAAACGGGAUCUUCAUAGAAAGAGACCCCCACUCUUCUACGGUUUCAACUUUACGAUCCUUCCCACCACCAACCGUCGGAUGCAAGCUACCCGUGAAUUUUGGAACCGGAUUAUCGAAGGCUUUGGCGGGACAUGUUCAAUGUCUCCGAUUCCUGGAGAAGCUGGAAAGAUCCCUUAUCAUCUUGUGAAGAGAAACUUGAAGGUUCCUUCGGCCUCCAUCGACAGUUCCGUCGUUCUCUACUUCAAUGAUAGUGUGCUUCACGAAAAAUGGACAUUUGCUAAUAACUGCAUCUCAUUCCUCGGAAUGGGGUGGCUUGUGGAGUGCAUCGUCCGCUAUCGACUCAUCCCAUCGGAUCAUCCGUCGUUGAAGUAUGAGGCUGAUCCACAGUACCUGCCCGUGAUCUUCGAGAAGUUUGCAGCUGACAUGGAAGAAAACUCGCGGGGCUGA